CUAUUCCCUUUAAAAAGACAAAAUGGGGAAGCCGAUUUUAGGCCAUUACAACAACAUUAAAUCAGCGCUCACCACAGUUCAGGGUACUUACUUCAGAUUUGCUUCCACAGUCUUGUAAACCAGCGGACAGCACCAUCUCGGUGGACAAACGAUCUGUCCGAGGAGCACAUGCUCCAUGAGCCUCGGGGUCUUCGCCGAGUCGGAUGAAGUUGGGAGAAAACGGAACACCUCUACCGAAAAAGUCUCUCUUCACAGUAAUCCUCCAGUUCUUCUCUCCACAGUCUACUACCAAUCCCGUUUUACUUAAACCGUCUACAGUGCUGGCCGUUUCCCUAGCAGAGUAUUGUUGUUCGAGGUUGUAGAUUAACGAGGCCGUCGUUGGAGGGACCCCAAGAGAGUGUGUGACAUGGAGCCAAGCGAACGAGAUGACAUCGACUGGGGAACUAAACUACCAGGUGAACACCGGGCUUCAGAUAACCUCAAAAGCUGGCCCGAGACAUUACUAAUGAACGUCCACGUUGGCUUGCCUGAGCCUCUCUCAGAUGGUGCCAAGUGCUCGAUGGCGUCUGGCGAGUGCUUCUACUUCCACUACGGCUGCGAUGGACAUGACGACCGGGGCUGGGGCUGCGGCUACCGCACUGUGCAGACGCUGUGCUCCUGGCUCUCCCGGAGCUGGUCACCGCCCAAAGGGAGCUGUAUGUCUCCGCCGAGUCUUCCUGAUAUUCAGCAAGCCCUGGUCACAAUGACUGACAAACCUGCUACUUUCUCUGGGUCCCGGGAGUGGAUAGGUACGAUCGAGGCUUCCUUGAUUCUGGACUAUUUCUAUGAUGUCGCUUGUCGUAUCGUCCACGUACCAGGAGGGGGGGCGCAGCUGGAAGAGGCAGCACAAGACCUCCACCAGCACUUCAGCACCCAGGGUUCGCCUGUUAUGAUGGGUGGGGACAGGGACAACUCUUCCAAAGGCAUUUUGGGAGUAUGCACCGGGACACAGGGGAGCUACUUGCUGGUGAUGGACCCCCACUACUACGGACCCCCGCUGGAUAGGGAGACGGUGCAGACGAAGGGGUGGGUGUCUUGGAAAAGAGUGAGCUCCCUGGACCGCAGUUCAUUUUACAACCUCUGUCUUCCUCAGACUGCGUCAAAGUGAACUUGGGUCGCCUACCCUUGAACUAUUUAAUGAGUGGGCUUCGGGGACAGUUUUGAACACCCCCCCCCCCCCCC